GACGAGGCAUCGCCCUUGCUCUCCUCAGCCUCGAGUUCUCACGAGCAACAUGGCUUCCUGGCGCCAGGCCGUCCUCGCGCUGCGGACCGCGACGAGUUCCAGUCGACCAAGAGCAUAUGGUACCUCAUCCUGCUAACCAUAAGCAUCGGGGGCCUGCAGAUCGCCUGGUCGGUAGAGAUGUCCAAUGGCUCGCCGUAUUUGCUCUCGCUGGGCCUGAGCAAGUCGCUGAUGGCCCUGGUCUGGAUAGCUGGGCCGCUGACGGGCACGCUGGUCCAGCCCUACGUCGGCAUGCUGAGCGACAGGUGCAGGAUCUCCUGGGGCAAGAGGAAGCCCUUCAUGCUCGGGGGCGCUGUAGCCACCAUGGCCUCCCUGAUGAUUCUCGCCUGGUCCAAAGAUAUCGUCGGUGGCUUUCUAAGUCUUUUCGGGGCAGACCCGGCCUCGCAGGGCGUCAAGGUCACCGUUAUUGUCUUUGCGGUACUAUGGGUUUAUAUUCUCGACUUCUCCAUCAACACAGUCCAAGCUGCGAUCCGCGCUUUCAUCGUCGACUGCGCACCAGCACACCAGCAAGAAGCGGCCAACGCCAUGGCCAGCAGGAUUACCGGCGUCGGCAACAUUGUUGGCUAUAUUGCCGGCUACUUAGACCUCCCCAAGAUCAUGUGGUGGCUCGGCGAUAGCCAGUUCAAGUGCCUGUGCGCGAUUGCCAGCGUGGCCCUGGGAUGCACCGUGCUGCUGAGCAUGGUCAUCAAGGAGAGAGACCCGCGCCUCGAAGGGCCCAAGCAAGCCUCGCGGCAGCCGGGGGUCUUCUCCUUCUUCAUCAAGCUCUUCACGUCCAUCAAGAGGCUCCCGCCGCAGACUAAAAAGGUGUGCAUCGUGCAGUUCUGCGCGUGGAUCGGCUUCUUCCCGAUGCUCUUCUAUACGUCUUCCUACAUUGGCGAGAUCUACGUCCAGCCGUAUCUCGAGGAGAACCCCCAUAUGACCCCCGAGGAGGUUGACCAGCUCUACGAGAAGGCAACCAGGGUGGGCACUUUUGCUCUGCUCAUCUUUGCCAUCACCAGCCUGACCACCAACGUCUUCCUGCCCUUCUUCAUCGCGCCGACCUACGACAGCCAACCCGUCGGCGAGGCGCCAGGCGAGGGCCCUUCCACGUCCCUUCACACGUACGGUGGUGAAAACAACAGCAAGUCCUGGACAGACCGUCUCAUCAUCCCGGGCCUGACGCUCCGCCGCGCCUGGAUGUUCUCCCAGCUGCUAUUCAUGGUUAGCAUGCUCUGCACCGUCAUCGUCCGCACAGUCCCCGCCGCCACCGUUCUUGUCGGCCUCGUGGGCAUCACCUGGGCCCUAACCCUCUGGGCUCCCUUCGCCAUCAUCAGUGCAGAGAUCAGUCGCCGCGACGCCCUUGCCCGCCAGAGGAAGCAAGCAUCCUCCUCCACCACCGGUCCUGCAGCCGGCCCUUCUUCUUCUUCUUCUAUUCCUGCCUCGGCCGCCGGCCCAUCCCGAUUCGACGGCUACACCUCCGAUCAGGAUCACAAGCUUGACGAUGACGACGACGAACACGAGACCGACCAGGCCGGCGUCAUCCUAGGUAUCCACAACAUGGCCAUCGCCGCCCCGCAGAUCAUCGCCACCGUCGGCUCCAGCCUCAUCUUUAAGAUCUUCCAGAAACCCCGCGGCACCCCCGGCGACCACUCCAUCGCCAUCGUCAUGGCCAUAGGAGGUGUGACCGUCGGUGCCUCUGCGUGGUUCAUCCACCUCAUACGCGACGAGGCUGAGGAGGGGCCCUCCUACUCUGCUGUCGACACCAUGGAGGCCGGCGAGGGUGAGCAGCAGCAGCAGGCCGGCGCGACCCUGCGGCAGAGUAUGGAGGGGCUGGCGACGACGGCAUCUGCUGGAACUAAGAGCUUCUCGCGGCGGAGCCUGGACCGAGCAACGCUGGUGAGGAAUAAGAGCUCGAGUGGGCUAGAC